AGAAUAAUUGUUCUGUGCGGAGGAUAUCAUCAAUCAUAAUCGACGGCGCGAGUAAACAUAUUUAUAUUCAUACAAGCAUACAAUUUUGAAUUGAGGUUCUUAGCUCUUAAGGGUUUACAAAGUGUUUUUGCCAUAGAUCUAUAAAGAAAUGGACUGCGCUUUCCACAUACCCCGCCUAUACCACCGAAGGAUCAAUAUUGAUAGAAAGAGAUAGAUAGAAAGGUUGGGAAUCGCCAAAUAAAUUCUUUAUAAUUUUAAAUUAAUAUUUGUUAUAAGGGAACUGGGAAGAUGAGGUAAAUUUGACUACGAGUAUAUUUAAAUAACGCUGAUAUAAAAUAUUUUUCACUAUGCUGAAUUUAUUGAGAAAAAAAAUUAAGGGUCAAGUGUGUUGUGUUAUCAGCGGAUUCUGACUGAUUAUGUGUUAAAGAAAUAUAAAAAUGUCAGUCUCAAAUUUUUUUAAAUUAUAUUCGUAAGAAUUUUUUUGCUUGCCACUUCAUUAGACAUUGAUCAUGUCUGCGUCUAAUGAACAAUUGGUUGGUUCUAUUGAUGAAGGCACUAGCAGUACACGUUUCAUAGUAUUCUCAUCAGAAACUCAUUUGCCAUUAGCUAGUCAUCAAAUAAAUACAACUAAUAUAUGUUUAAAUGAAGGAUGGAUUGAACAAGAUCCAGUUGAUAUUUUGUGCAAAAUUAAGGAAACAAUAAGUGUAACAUGUGAAAAACUGAAGUCGAUGAAUAUAUCACCUGAACGUAUUGUAACUGUAGGAAUUACAAAUCAAAGAGAAACUACUCUAGUUUGGGACAAAAACACUGGAAAACCAUUGUACAACGCUAUUAUAUGGAUGGAUGUUAGAACCGAAGAAAUAGUUGAUAGAUUUUUAAACAAAGAUAUUCCUAAUUGUACAACAGUUGAUGAAAAAAAACGAAAUAUUGCAUAUAUUUCAAAAAAUUUUGGGCAGCUACAAUCAAAAAGUGGAUUGACAAUGAAUCCAUACUUCAGCGUAUUUAAAAUAAUUUGGCUGAUAGAAAAUGUCCCAGAAGUAGCUAAUGCUAUAGAAGAAAAAAGAUGUAUGUUUGGCACAAUGGAUUCUUGGAUAAUUUGGAAUCUCACUGGUGGUAUUAAUGGUGGUAUUUACAUAACAGAUGUUACAAAUGCCUCUCGGACAAUGCUGAUGAACAUUCAUAUGUUGGAAUGGGAUCAAAGUUUAAUUGAGUAUUUUAAGUUACCUAAUGGAAUAUUAUUACCAGAAAUAAGAAGUUGUUCAGAAAUUUAUGGCUACAUAUGUGAUGGACCACUCAAUGGGAAAACAAUAUCGGGAUGUGUAGGAGAUCAACAAGCAGCACUAAUUGGUCAAAUGUGUUUUGAAGCUGGUCAAAUUAAAAGUACAUUUGGUACUGGUUGUUUCUUGCUAUAUAAUACAGGCCACAAAGCAGUAAUUUCUACACAUGGUCUAUUGACAACAGUCGCUUAUAAAUUAGGAAAAAAUGCCAAAGCAGUUUAUGCACUUGAAGGUUCUGUUGCCGUUGCUGGAGCUGCUUUAAAAUGGUUAAAAGACAAUUUGGGUAUAAUAGAAGAUUACGAUCGUUUGUCAACACUGGUGGACAGUGUGCCUGAUACAAACGGAGUUCAUUUUGUUCCUGCUUUCUCUGGGCUAUAUGCUCCGUAUUGGAAAAGCGAUGCACGAGGAACAAUUGUGGGUUUAACCCUUGAUACUACAGAUGCUCAUUUAGUCCGAGCAACCAUUGAAGGUGUCUGUUUCCAGACAAAAGAUGUAUUAGAAUCGAUGCAGUGGGAUACUAGGCAGCCAAUUACAACCCUCAAAGUUGAUGGAGGUAUGACUGUAGGUAAUGGUUUUUUGCAAAUUCUAGCAGACUUAUGUGGAACGCCUGUUGAAAUUUUAAGAAAGUGGUGCAACACAAGAUAGCAAAAUUCCUGAACGCCCUUGAACCCCUCUUCAUCACAAAACCACAAUGAUAACAGAUUACAAAUGUCGCAAAAACUAUAGACCUUACACUACUAGACGGAGCAUGCAUGUAGUUCCAGCGAGCCAACGUGCUGCGCUGGCGGCGGUACUCGAUGAUGAUGGCAAUUAAGUUCCCAGUUUAAGAAAUAUAGUGCACGGUUUAAAAAUUAUUGUAUGAUAUGUCUCGGCUAUUUUUCGGUCAUUAAAAAUUUAACUUGUAUAAGAAAGUGUUUAGUUUGUAUUGCAGUAUGUAUUUAUUGUAACAUUGGAAGAAUAUUCCACUUGUGAGUACUUUUUUUAUGAAGUCUUAUUAUAAAGUUAUUGCAUGUUGUACUAAUCUUUACACAAAUGUUUAUUGAGACGUCUUCACAAUACCCAAAGCUAAAAAUAUAAGAGACAAAACAAAAUAAUGUUGUACAAUUCAUUGAACAAUAAUUAAUACUUUGCGCAGUGGUUUCACUGCUACGACAAUAGUCGCGCUCGCACCAACCCACGCAUCCAACCCGGAUGCUCUGUCUAGUAGUAUAAGGAUUAAGGGCUAUGGCAAAAACAUUGCUUCUAACAACAACAAAAUGGUUGCUUUUUCAAAUCCGGCGUUCUUUUUGAGACACCUUUUAUAAAGAAUAUCUUUUUUGA